AUGGAAGAUUACCUUCCUGAUUUUGCUCCUUAUUUUGGUUUCUUCGUGUUUGCAGCCAAAAAUCGAAAAGCUAUUGUUGAAAACACGUCCCUCUUGCAAGAAACACCAGCUGCUGGUUCGGAUAUAUUGGUUCAAGUGUCUGAAGAUGGAGAAUCUAGCAGCUCGUCUCCUCAAGAGGUUCACUUGAGUCGUGAAGUUGGCUCUCGAAGUGGGAAACUUGAUGAGAACUUAUCCACUGGAGGGCAUUAUAAUGAUCAAAAUAAGUCCGGUGAUACCGAUUAUAAACGUGAAAAGCUCGAUGAAAAUGGAUCGAAUGAAGGGCUGCAAAAUGGAAGCAGGCGGUUGAAGUUGGAACCUUCGGAACAUUGCAAAGUUUCUAUUGAAGCAGAGGAAAACAACAAGACAUUGCGGUUAGAAGGUGCAUAUUUGGAAUUGAAGACUACUAACGAGAUCGCUUCCAACAUCCGAGGAUCGAGCUUUGACGACCCGUGUGCUGCACGAGAAGCAGCAGGGGAAGUCACUUCAUCAGAUAAUUUUUUCUCUUCUCCUAAUGAACAUAUGGAGCAACCUUGGAGUAGUGAACAUCGAGGUUUUGACCAUGUAAGGUCUAUAGAUUCUCUCGGAUCCCUGGAUUAUUUCAGCCCUAGUUCGGAGCUCAGUGAUCCAGAUCUGGAAUCCACUGCCACAAGAACCUCUCAUGCUUAUGAUGGUAGUAUGUCUUCAUAUGAUGGAAUGGAUGAUCAAUUCCUUGUUCCAGUAGAAACGCUAAAAAGGGAUAAAAUGCUUGCCAAUGGCUUGAUGACUUGUAAUGCAAGAAACCGCUCGUUAAAUUUAUCCGCUAAGAAGCGUUAUGGCACUACGAAAUCCAGCAAAUGUCAUCGAGAUGAAGCCUUAGAUCCUGCAAUGCAUCAGCGUCUUCCCAGAAGCCAGACCAAACUAGUGAGAGAUGAAUAUCGGUCUCGAAUACCUUUCUCUCAAAGGGCUUACGAAAGCGCUGGUCCUUCACACGAUGAGUUCCACGAGUACCGUGAACACGAGAACAUGAAAUUGUUACGAAUGGUGCACGAGCUGCAGGAUCAAAUUAGCAAAACAUGCAAUCUGAACGGAAGAAUAUCUCGAGGAAGGGCUUCCAUCGAUAUACCUUGUAGGCAAAAGCAUUUUCCUACAUAUUACUAUCCUGAGGAAGAAAAUUUUUAUCCUCGACCAUGGCCAAGAUCAGAACAGUUGCCUCCUCCGAUGUUUAGACAUAACCGGGGAUUUUAUAGACAUCACUCCGGUCUUAGUUGUUAUAAUUGCAACAACUAUUACCCCUCUAGUCCCCAAAGAUAUUUCGAGUCCGAUUUUUCUCGUUGGAGCCACAAAUUUAUAUCCGGUGAUCACAAGUCGAAGAGGUACCCGAAGGAGAAACAUAAUUCAGUUAAGCGACAAUGUCGGGCCAUGGCCGGCGGAGCACCUUUCGUAACAUGUUAUCAUUGCUUCAAACCAUUGGAGUUACCUACUGAUUUUCAACUUUCCGAAAAGAGGUUCCAUCAGCUAAGAUGUGGUGCUUGUUUAAAGGUACUUACGUUUUCUCUUCGAAACGGGAUUCAUAUCAUUCCUUACGAACCAGUCGGUAGCAGGAACGUCGACCAAGUGAAGUCGAGGCCUGCAGUGAUGCGGCCAGCAUGUUGAAAACCGUAGUCAUUCAAGAACAGAUUUGUGCUUCAAAACAACCAGUUUGGGUUGCUUCUGUAAUGAAAAUGUCAAAUCAAGACAUUGAUAGAUAGAUAGAUAGAUACAAACAUGAAGACAAAAAAUGAACCCUUGUUUGUUUCUAUUGUUAGAAACAGGUUUUUGGGUUACACUGGGAUUGGAUGAUUCCUCACAAACAGCACUUGCAUAAUGGUUUUGACCAUGUUGAAGACGAGUUUUGGUCUUUUGCUACCCUUUUUAAGGUUUCUAAAUGUUGCUUUUGUUUCAUUUGCCUUUUAUUGGUUUUGUGUUACCUUUUCUACUAACUAUUCUUUAUUGAAAUAAUAA